GAGGGCCAGACAUCGGCUGCCAAUAAUAGUCGACAGCAAAACAGCCGCAACUCUGAGGGCGGUUUCGGCGCCUCUUUUCAACAGAGAAUUCGUGCAAUACUUUUACCCACAAAAGACACGUCUAAACUAAAAGUGAAUUUUAUGAAUAGUAAUGAUGUGUUGCCCGCAAACCACACCAUAGAUUCACUGCAAACCACUAGAGAUUUACAAAACGCUCCGAUAAUGUAUUCAACCGCUAGUUCUUCGACGGCUGCUAUCAAUAGUCAACCAAUUGAUGCCUUCAAUGGUUUGGACGAUGAAAACGAUUCCUUUCAUAUGAGAGACGUCUGCAGCAAAUGGUUUGCGCAAAACAAAUGUUCAAUGAAUCAAUCUUUCACUUCACAAAUGGCUUCGGCGGUCACCAAAACUUCACUACUGACUGAUUCUCCGAAAUUGUCUCACAAUAUGACCGCCAAUUCAUUGGAUAAAGUGUUGGCUAAGGAUAUCAUAUGUCAAAACUCCUACACUAACAGUACAAACGCUAAUAACCAACUAAUAAAUGGUUUGGUUUCGAGUCAACCAAAUUCUUCAACUUAUCAUUUAAUUGAAAGACAAAGAACUCAAAGUAAUUGUGAUUUGUCGAGUGCUGUCGCUGAUGAUCACGUGGUUGUUGUGAGUGGUCUUGAAUGUGAUACAAACCGAAACACUUCUUUGACCGUUAGGUCUGAAGUGUCACCCAAUGGGACCAACAGUGCAAACAUUGAUAUGACUUCCGGUGCUUAUAACGCGUUUCCAACCGACUGUCCAUUGAGUCCAAUAAAUGUAAAUACAAACAGUGAUAAUCAGGGAAGUGCUGGAAGUACAACAUCUCAAGAUCACAACUAUAAGUCUUCGUCAGACUCCGGACGCGGAACGAUGAGAGACCGCGAGAACUGCCUUAAAAACCACAGUCCGGACGGAACGAGUCCUCUCGAUCUGACGAGUUUAGACUCAGAUCAGAGCACAUCUGGUGUAACGACCAGAACGUGGGUUAACCAGAAUCUAAAUCAAGAGCCGUCGGCCGUCGAAACCGUCUCUAGUAAUGAGACGAUUGAGAAAAUGCAGAGAGAAUUGCAGAGGAUUUUAGAGGACAACCAUUCCGUUCAGUCAAGUGAAGUAGAAGUCGACGAUUUGAGCCGUACUUUCAAAACACAGCUAUCGGUGGUCAACGAGAGCGACAGUUGGAUGUCAACCACACCGCCGGCGACACCAAAGCCGCCUCAAAGUGGAACCGCUCCUAAAUUCUGUGAUUUAAAACCCGAUACUAAGUGUACGACAAACGGCUUGAAUGGACACAAGAAUAUCAGUGCCAAGACUUAUGGUUCGAGAGAAAAGUACAAAACCACCGAAAAACAAGUGAUUCCGAGUAAUAAACAGAAUAUUCUGAACGACAAAAACAAAUAUCCGGGACAGAGAUUGACAAAGACUGCGCCCGUCAUGAGUGCUCCGAAGCGCAGGAGUAAUGAUCGCCAGUAUUACUGUCCGCCAAACAGAGCCAAACACCGGUCCAGUCAUCCAAAUGACAAAAUCAAAGAGCGAUUCAUGAAUUUAGUUGAUUGUGAUAUUAUAUCGACGACAACGGCUCGAGACAGCAUUUACGCCGACGACUUGACCAGUGAAUACACGGCCAACACUAGUGUUUGCGGCGAUUCUAAUGUCUUUCACAUCAGAAAACAACUUCAAGGUCUGGAAAACAUGUAUUCAGAGAUCUUAGGUAUGAUGGGAUCGCGUGUCAGACCAGAUGCUGGUCAGCGAAACAGAAGGAAAGUGUGCAGAAGUGCCUCUUCAGUGGUUUCGGGACGAAGUUCUGUAACGAGUAGAGGAACCAGAGAUGGGUAUUACAGACGAAACAAAUAUGAAUUGAAGAGACAGAAUAAACCCGAAGAAUCACACUCUUCGCGAAGAAUAAAGCGUCUCGAGUCUCAUGUGAUAACAUUAGCGCGAAGUGUCGCCCAAUUGUCGACAGAAAUGCGUUACAAUCACUCGCUGUCGCAGGAAAUGGAUAAUUUGCGACAAGAGAUGGACGCAAUCAGAGAUCAAAUGUUGGCAAUAAAGCAAAACCUGAGUAGCAAUGCGUUUGCGAUCAGCUCUCGAGCUCACCAUCAAAGCAAUGGUCAUAUUUCCGCGUCAGGGCGUCGAGUGACUGCUCCUAACCAUCAUAUCAUUAAUCCUAAUAAAGUGGAGAAAUUGAAAAAAUUUUUUGGAGACGAACCCCCAUUGUUGAGGCAAUUCCUCAAGAAACUAGGCUAUGAGAAAUACGCCCGAAAUUUUGAAUCAGAGAAAAUAGGGACGGGUAAUGUGAAAGAUGUUCGUAUAAUUCCCUGUUCUGGCAAUCCAUGUGUACUCAAACUGGGAACCAAUGUCACCGUUGAGGCAGACUUUAUCUCCCCUCUAAACACAAACAAAUUAUCCGAAGUAAUCAAAGGUGUGAUUAGAGGACGAGAGCUGCCGUUUCCGGAGCAAAGAGCUGAUCCUUGCAGUUCUGGUAAUAUUAUACCCGACUGUCCUCUCAAGAAAGGAAACAGUUAUCAAUUUAAGGCUGCCUUUGAAGUGAAGCCUUUUUACCCACCGAUAUCCAUUAAAGUGAAGUACAGUUUGACGGACCCGACCGGACAGAGUGUGGCCUGCGUUCAAGUAUCGGCCAAAAUCGUAGACCCGGCCCCUAAAGCCACUAACACAAGGCCCAGAAGCUCACGACCAAAAUCGCGGUCCAAUAAACCCAAAAACAAUUGA